AUGGCCUCCAAUCAAGAGAUUCGGCGUCGUUCCUCGGCUGCUGACCGCGCACCCUACGACAAUUCUCUCUCGCCCAUGACCAGCGCCAUGGCCAUGUCUACCACCUUUUCCCCAACCCCUGACUCUGUGCUGGCGCAGGUCAAGGAUGACGAAAUUUCACGACAGCAACACACAAACGGGCCAAUGAGCAAGGAAACAGCAGAAUCUAUGCCACCGCCACCACGGCCUUGUCGCGAAUUGCCUUCCGGUAGACGAUUUACACAUGCCCGCGCGCAAUCAAUGGCCUCGUCUGCACCCAGGCAGGCGAAUCGACUGUCACUAACACUGCCCAUCGCACCUCCAUCGAGGGGCGAUCCCGUCCGCCCGCCCUCAUCCGCGGGACCUCCCGUGACACUCUUGUCGAAGCCGCCUACACCAGCGCAGACACCCGUGCUCCCCGCUCUCGAGGACGCCAACGAUUUUAUAAUAGCAAUCGCCGCGCAGGAGAGAAAGGUGCUGGAGCUCCGUGAAGAACUCGCGCGUGCCGAGGGCCAUCUCACCUCUCUGAAAGCUCAAUGGACCUCGAAAGAGUCGAUGCAUAAGCGUUCUGCCGAGAUUCAGUCACAGGCUCUUGCCUCGCCCAAGCGCUGCCCUACCCCGGAUGCCAUGAUGUCGCCCACCAGGCAGAGUGUCGAUUUGGAUCGCAGGAAGCUCUGGCUGCAAUCCCAACAAUCCUCUCCCACUGCACCCUCUACACCGACGCAGAGCCGCAGAAAGGUCAUGCGAGGCGGCCACGCUCGAACGCUGUCGCUGCUAUCUCCCUCUAGGUCGGACGCACCCUUCAACCUUUACGAGGACAGGGCCAGCAUCGAUAGCACUGUGGCGCAGCCUCUGCAUGAAAGGACGGUGCCGCCACUAGGACACCCCCCCGCACUGUCAAAGCGGGCGACAUGGCAACCACAAGCGUCGGGCGUGUUUCCACUGGUCGAGGACUUUAAGCUCGGCCUGCGCGCCUUUGUGGAGGAUAUUCGACAAAUCACAGUUGGCGACGAACCCAUAACUGGACCAGCACCAGCCAGGCCUCGUCAAUUUACGCCCACGAGAGCGCUCAGCAAUUCGAGACGCGGUCGCGACGCCACGCCCACAGGACACGACGGCCAAUCGUCGGCAUCCACGAGAUGCAAGGCCAAGGCGUCGUUGGACGCUGUCAAGCAAGGACCUUCUCUCAGCACGGCGGACGAGGUUGUCACUCUGGCCGAAAAGACCAAAACGAGCGGCAAGGGCAAGCAGCUUUCAUGGACGCUGCUAGGUUUUGAGACGCUCGAGGAUAACGACUGGACAAAUUGGGACUCUCCGGCCUCUGUCAAGUCGAGCCGAUGGAGCGGCUCCACGGCUCAUAACGGUGGGCUGGACGAGAUUGAAGCAAUCCCGGAAAAGCCCGAGGAGUCGGCGACGACACCAACCAAGUCGAAACGUUCAUCGCAGGACAGUGUGCUGCGCAACACGAAGCUCGACGAGCUGCUUCCGAGCAUGGUCAAUCGGCUGUCGCCGAGCAAUCUGAAGCGCACGGCCAACAACCUCAUGGACGAGUGGGAAAAGUCGCUGACGGCACCCGAGACGCGCGACAAGGAAAACAGUGUAUAA